UAUGUAAAUCAGGCAGGGCGGCUCUUAGGGUAACAUAGAAACCUGUAAACAUUCCAAUAUGGCUUCCCGAUUAGCACUCGUAUCUAUCUUGGAUUAAAGAAAUGGAAACUGUGUGUUAAACUUUUUAUAUUUUUUAAAUAUUAUAAAACUGAUGUUAUAUGCUGUUUUGAAGCAUUAAAAGCUAGAUUUAGAUACAUUGUGAAAAUGUCCGCAGAACCUCAGAAUAGUGGAAAAGAUCGUCAGAAAAGUGCUGAUAAAAGUAAAUCUCGUUUAGCGGCCUUGGCGCCUGGUGAAAACAUAAAAGAAAAACAGCAAAAGUUGAAGGAAGAAAGAGAAGCCAAGAGAGCACAGUUGGAUGAAAGACACUACUAUGUCCUACAAACAGUGGCAGACAGCUUGGGAUUGGACAGAUCAGAAGUGGAAGAUGCCAUUUUGGAGGGAAAUCAGAUUGAAACUAUGGAGAAGUUUUUAGGUGUUAAUGGUUGUAAUCGUCUCCUGUUCUACUACCAAGAACCAGAGACAGAUAAAGAGCCUGACACCAGUCGCAUGGGCCCCCCAGCAGUCAAAGUGUUAAAGUCAAACAAACCCAAGCUCUUCAUUGCAGACGGGAAGGAGACGCCUCUGAAAGGGGUUUGCCUUGUGUUCACCAGAAUGCCUUCCACCAGCCACACAACAGUGACAGAGGCCAACAUAACAAAGGAGGUCAACUUCACUAUGCUGGAUACCAAUGGUCAAGGAACAAAUGGGCGUGGCCUGCUCAGGGCAGUGGAGAGUGUUUUGUCAAGUGUCUUUAUACCAGCCUUGAAGAAAUUAGAAAAUGGUUGGGAUCAGCUUUCCAGCCAGGAAGGAGAUGGAGUCAGAGUUGAUUUUUUGAAUUCCCUUGAUUCAUUUGUAUCUGUUCUUAUUGGUGCACAGGAAAGCUUGGAAGAAAAAGUAACACUGAAGCCAUGUGAAACUUAUGACCUGUCCAAGAUAAACACCAUUCAAGAUUAUCAGUCUGUGGCCAAUAGCACAGAGUCAUUGGAGAAGAUAGAAGAGUGCAUGAGAGUCUGGAUCAAACAAAUAGAGCAGGUUUUGGCAGAAAGUGAGCAGAUGAGACGUGAAGCAGAUGACAUUGGACCCAGAGCAGAACUGGAACAUUGGAAGAAGAGAAUGUCCAAAUUCAAUUACCUUGUAGAUCAAAUCAAAGGUCAAAAUGUCAAGGCUGUCCUUGGAGUUCUACAUGCAGCCAAGUCAAAGCUGAUUAAGAUCUGGCAAGAACUGGACAGACGUAUCACAGACACAGCCAAUGAAGCCAAAGAUAAUGUCAGGUUCUUGUACACACUAGAGAAACUUUGCGAUCCACUUUAUCACAGUGACCCAGUUGGCAUGCUUGAAGGUAUCCCAGCUUUAAUCAAUGCAAUCAGAAUGGUGCACAGCAUCUCCAGGUAUUACAACACAUCGGAAAGAAUGACAUCGCUAUUUGUCAAGAUCACAAAUCAGAUGAUCACUGCCUGUAAAGCUUACAUUACAGACAAUAGAAUUGAGACUGUUUGGUCCCAGAAAACGCCAGUAGUGAGACAGAAACUUGGAGCCUGCAUCAAACUGAAUGAAGAAUAUCAAAACUAUUUCCAUAAAACUAAGGCGAAGCUUGAGACAACUCCUAAUGAGCGUCCUUUUGACUUUUCUGAAAUGUACAUAUUUGGCAAGUUUGACACUUUCACCAGGAGAUUGAAAAAAAUCUUGGAAAUGUUUGACACCAUUGAUAAAUACUCUCACUUAUCUGAAAGCAAAAUUGAAGGCAUGGAGCUGUUGGCCACCAAGUUUAGUGUCAUUGUGACCUCCAUCCGAAAGAAGCCCUAUGACUUUCUGGAUCAACGUAAAAUGGAGUUUGAUCAGGAUUACGAAGACUUUAAGAGACAAAUCAAUGACCUCCAUGCGGCCAUUGUUGCCUUUAUGGACCAGAAGUUUGAGAAAAUCAACAGCACUUUAAGAGCUUUGGUUUUGCUGAGAAAAUUUGAAAUGCUUCAGUUGGACAAUCUUGGCAUUCAAGAAAAGUAUCAAAGAGUGCUGCAGUAUUACAGUCGGGACAUUGAUAUGGUCUCAAGAAUUUACCAGAAACAAAAGAAUGACCCGCCCCUUGACAGGGAUCAUCCUCCGAUUGGCGGAAAGAUUUCAUGGGCCAGACAACUCUUUAGAAGAAUUCAGGGUCCCAUGGAAGUUUUCCAAAGAUAUGGAACCAUUCUCCAAGGGUCAGAGGCCAAAAAAAUUAUCAAAAAUUACAACAAAAUUGCCAAAGUAUUGCUAGAGUUUGAACUGCUGUACCAUAGAGGUUGGCUCAGACAGAUGGAGACUGCCAAGUCAGGUCUUCAGGCCUCCCUGUUGGUCAGACACCAAGAGACCAAAGAGCUCUAUGUCAACUUUGACUUCCUGAUUUUUACCAUGAUCAAAGAGACCAACCACAUGUUCCAUCUUGGGCUGGACAUUCCACCGAUAGCCAAGACGAUGAGGGCUAAAGAAAUGGAAUACAAAAGCAAUUACUCUGCAUUAUGUAUGAUGCUGGAGGAGAACAAUCGUGUGAGGAAGAAGAUUCCAGCAGCGUUUGAGGCGUUGAUGGGACUUCACUUGGCCAAAGUGGAUGAUGCUCUAGAGCCUGGCUUGACCAUGUUGUCCUGGACCUCCAUCAAAAUUCCAGACUUUAUUCAAAGUGUCUACAAGGCUCUGGGAGAAUUGGAACUUUUGGUCGACAGAGCUCAUGAUGUGACAGAAUUCCGUAUCGAUGCUAUCCUGAGAGAAAUGGCCACCACCACUUUGUGUCAGUUGCCAGAAGAUGAACCUUGGACAGUGCCAGAUUUUAUUGAGAAUACAAAGAAACUCUGUGCUAAAGGGGCUCAGAUACUGCAGACCAAGAGCCAGACUGUGGAGGAGGCAGCCAAUGAGUUGAUCAACAUGCUCUGUGAUGUGGAGCCUGUAGAGAGAGAUGCUGACUCUGAAGAGGAAGAGCAACAGCAGGAACAGCAGGAACAGGAGGAAGAUGCUGGUUUUGUUGAUGAGCAAGGGGAAGAUGUUGAGCAGCAGGAGAAACAGGUCGAGAUGAUGGUUGGUUCAGCCACUCACUCCAGAGCUGGAAGCAGGAAGUCACGGCCAGUCUCCUCCAAGUUAAACGCUGCAGCCAAAAAGAAAAAAGAAAUGAGAGAGAAUAUUGAAGAGUCGGCGAUGGAGCUCCUGAACCACUUUAACAGUAGGAACUUGGAUGCUUUACUGAAGGCCACACGCAACACACUGGAGUCAUUAAGGAAGCGAAUCACAUCUAGUUCUAUGGCUCACUACAUAGGAGACAGUACUCUGUAUGGUGACCAGAAACGUGACAGCCGGCCAUUCUUUAGGACCAAUGCCACACUGGCCAUACCAAACAUAGUCAUGCACCCUGCCUUGGAUGAGGUCCAGCAGGCUCUUAACAGAGCUGUCCACAACAUCAUCAGUGUAAGUGGAGCAGUGGCCCAGUGGAGCAAAGAGAGGCGGAAGAUUGUCAAACCAGUCAAAGUUGACCAAUCCCAGUUGGCAGAUGGCCUUGAGAGAAGGGGAAGUGUAGUUAGUCUUGCUCCUUCAGAAGCCUCACAUGUUGACAACUUUGGUAAGAAGACAGAUGGUGUGGAGUCUGUUAGAAGUUAUAACAUUGUACAGCAGCCAAAGAAUUACUGGAAGUCUGUUAGUGAAAAUAAAGAGAUAGCCAAACUGGCAUCCCUUCUGUCAACAAGCAUCAACUCCAAUAAAAAGGAAGUAACCACUGCAUUGGAUCAGUUUGCCGAGUACCACAAGAUUUGGGAGAAGGACAAGGAUGUGGCCAUGGAAGAGUUCAUGAAGGAAGAUCCCAAACUGUCAGAGUUUGAAGCUGCCAUACGAGGCUUUGAACAGCUAGAGCUGGCCAUCAAUAGCCUCUCAGAAUAUUAUGAUGCUGGACCCAUAGCUCUGUACACAGAACAUUUGAAAAUUGGUUUGAUCAAUGAAACCAAGUCCUGGAGGAUGUUGUAUGGGAAAUACUGCAAUCAGAAAUACAAAGCUGAGAUGGAUGAAAUUUUCAAUUUCAUUGAGGACCUUAGCAAACGUCUGGCCCGACCAAUCAAAGACCUCGAUGAUAUCCGGUUUGCCAUGGCUUCCUUGAAAGAAAUCAGAGAAAAUGAAAUUAGGAUAGACAUGUGCAUUGGUCCUAUUGAGGAAUCCUAUGCCAUGUUGAACAGACAUGAACUGAAACCAGAGAAAGAAGAGGCGGAGAAAUGUGAUACACUUCGUUACUCCUGGGAGAGGCUGCAGGUCCAGGCUGUGGAGGUCCAGGAUCACUUGAUCAUCAUCCAGCCAGAGUUCAAACAAGAACUGAUUGAGAAUGUGAAAAUAUUUAAAGUGGACUGUGACAAUUUCUAUGCCAGCUAUGAUGAGAAAGGUCCCAUGGUUCCUGGUGUUCCCCCCAGAGAGGCCUCAGACAGGUUGAUCAUAUACCAGAACACAUUUGACACACUACACAGGAAGUACAUCACUUACACAGGUGGAGAGGAACUCUUUGGUUUGGCGCCAUCAGACUAUCCAAAGCUGCUGCAGAUCAAGAAAGAAUUGAACUUGUUACAGAAACUGUAUGGCUUGUACAAUAGCGUCAUUGACACAGUUCAUGGUUACUAUGACAUUCUGUGGCAGGACGUCAACAUUGAUAAAAUCAACAACGAACUGCAAGAUUUUCAAAACAGAUGUCGCAAGCUGCCUCGUGCCUUGAAAGACUGGCAAGCUUUUGAGGACCUGAAGAAGACUAUUGAUGACUUCAAUGAAAUGGUUCCUCUCCUGGAGCUCAUGUCCAACAAAGCUAUGAAGCAGAGGCACUGGCAGAGAAUAGCCGAUGUGACAGCACAUCCGUUUGACAUUGAGGGAGAGAACUUCACCCUCCGAAACAUUCUGGAGGCACCCUUGUUGAAAUAUAAAGAAGAAAUUGAAGACAUAUGUAUCAGUGCGGUUAAGGAAAAGGAUAUCGAAGCCAAAUUGAAACAAGUCAUUACUGACUGGGGAGCACAAGAGUUCACUUUUGGCAACUUCAAGAACAGAGGAGAACUCUUGCUGCGCGGAGACUCAACUAGUGAAAUUGUCUCCCUUAUGGAAGAUUCCUUGAUGGUCCUUAGCUCACUUCUUAGCAACCGAUACAAUGCUCCCUUCAAGAAGAACAUCCAAACCUGGGUGGCCAACUUGACCAAUUCAUCAGAAAUCAUUGAAAACUGGAUGACAGUUCAAAACCUUUGGGUUUACCUGGAAGCUGUCUUUGUUGGGGGUGACAUCGCUAAACAGUUGCCAAAGGAAGCCAAACGAUUCAGCAACAUUGACAAGUCUUGGGUGAAGAUAAUGACCAAAGCCCAUGAAACACCAAAUGUGGUCCAAUGCUGCGUUGGGGAUGAGACUCUGAUGCAGCUUCUGCCUCACCUUCUAGAGCAGCUGGAGCUCUGCCAGAAAUCUCUCACUGGAUACCUUGAGAAGAAGAGAUUGAGCUUCCCCAGAUUUUUCUUUGUGUCUGACCCUGCACUUUUGGAAAUUCUUGGCCAGGCCAGUGAUCCUCACACCAUCCAAGCUCAUCUUUUAUCCGUCUUCGACAACACCAAGAACGUGCGCUUCCAUGACAAGAUUUAUGAUCAGAUUUUGUCCAUCAUCUCGUCUGAAGGAGAAGUUAUUGAGCUAGAGAAGCCUGUAAAAGCUGAAGGCAAUGUUGAAGUCUGGUUGAUGAGUCUGAUGACCAUGUCCCAGAAAUCUCUGCAUGCAGUCAUCAGAACUGCUGCUAUGGCUAUUCAGGACCAAAGCUUCAACUUGCUGGAGUUUUUGAACUCAUUUCCUGCACAGGUUGGUUUGCUGGGCAUACAGAUGAUCUGGACUAGAGAUGCACAGGAGGCCUUGACCACUGCCAAAUAUGACCGCAAGAUCAUGGCUCAGACCAAUGAUUCUUUCCUGAAGCUGCUGAACUCAUUGAUUGACCAGACCACCAUGGACUUAUCUAAAGUGGACAGGACAAAGUUUGAGACCCUCAUCACCAUCAUGGUCCACCAGAGAGACAUAUUUGAUGACUUGUGUCGCCUCCAUGUGAAAUCCCCAAUUGACUUUGAAUGGCUGAAGCAGUCCAGGUUCUACUUUGUGGAGGACCAAGACAAGUGUCUGAUUGCUAUCACUGAUGUGGACUUUAGCUAUCAGAAUGAGUUCCUUGGAUGUACAGAAAGAUUAGUCAUCACACCACUCACUGACAGGUGUUACAUCACAUUGGCCCAGGCACUGGGCAUGUCUAUGGGAGGGGCUCCUGCUGGCCCUGCAGGAACUGGUAAAACAGAGACAGUCAAGGAUAUGGGUCGAUGUCUUGGAAAGUAUGUUGUUGUCUUCAACUGCUCUGAUCAGAUGGACUUCAGAGGCUUGGGCAGAAUCUUUAAAGGUCUGGCUCAGUCAGGGUCAUGGGGAUGUUUUGAUGAGUUCAACCGUAUUGACCUCCCUGUCUUGUCUGUGGCUGCCCAGCAGAUAGCCAUUGUCCUUGCCUGUAAGAAAGAAAGAAAGAAGAAUUUCAUCUUCACUGAUGGGGACAAUGUCGAGAUGAAUACAGAGUUUGGUAUUUUCUUAACUAUGAAUCCUGGCUAUGCUGGGCGUCAAGAGCUUCCAGAAAACUUGAAGAUCAACUUUAGAACUGUGGCCAUGAUGGUGCCUGACAGACAGAUCAUCAUCCGUGUCAAGCUGGCCGCUGUCGGUUUCAUAGACAACAUUGUGCUGGCUCGCAAGUUCUUCACCCUGUACAAGCUUUGUGAAGAGCAGCUGACCAAGCAAGUGCACUAUGAUUUUGGUCUGCGUAACAUCCUGUCUGUGCUAAGAACUCUGGGAGCAGUGAAGCGUAUGAAUCCAACAGAAACAGAACAGACUGUGGUGAUGAGAGUACUCAGGGACAUGAACCUCAGCAAACUUGUGGACCAGGAUGAACCAUUGUUUGUCUCCCUUAUUGGGGACUUGUUCCCAGGUAUCACAUUGGACAAGGCAGGUUAUCCAGACCUUGAGGCAGCUAUUGCUAAAAAUGUGGAUGAAGCUAAAUUGAUUAACCACCCAGAAUGGACUAUUAAACUUGUUCAACUGUUUGAGACUCAGCGAGUCCGUCACGGUAUGAUGACCCUUGGCCCCAGUGGUGCUGGUAAGACCUGCUGCAUACACAUGCUAAUGAAGGCAAUGACUGACUGUGGUGAGCCACACAAAGAAUGGAGGAUGAACCCCAAGGCUAUUACAGCACCCCAGAUGUUUGGCCGCUUGGAUGUGGCUACAAAUGAUUGGACAGAUGGCAUUUUCUCAACUCUGUGGAGGAGAACAACUCGUGUAAAGAAAGGAGAACACAUCUGGCUUGUACUUGAUGGGCCUGUGGACGCCAUCUGGAUUGAGAACCUCAACUCUGUUUUGGACGACAACAAAACACUGACCCUGGCCAACGGUGACAGAAUCCCCAUGGCCCCCAACUGUAAAAUCAUCUUUGAGCCUCACAACAUUGACAACGCCUCACCUGCCACAGUUUCCAGAAACGGCAUGGUGUACAUGAGUAGCUCUGGUCUGGGCUGGAGUCCUAUAUUACAAGGCUGGUUGAAUCAUCGGCCAUUCCAUGAGAAAGAUAUCCUGACAGAGCUCUUCAACAGUUCCUUCACAGCAUUGUGGAAUUUUGCUCUUCAAAACCUGGAGUUUAAAAUGGAUAUCUUGGAGGCUUUUGUUAUUUCUCAGGCCUGCAAGUUAUUGACUGGCCUGAUUCCUAUGAAAGAUGACAAAGAAGGAACUGGUCAGCUGUCGAGGGAGGUGUACGAGAGGCUCUACAUCUUCUGUCUCAUGUGGAGCAUCGGAGCCUUCUUGGAGCUGGAUGGCAGAGCCAGGAUGGAGGAGUUCCUCCGCAAACAUGAGACCAUCAAGCUUGAUCUGCCCCAAAUACCAGAUGGACUGGACGCCACCAUGUUUGAUUUUAUGGUGGACACAGAUGGAAAAUGGAUCUAUUGGGGUGAGAAAGUGACCAACUAUGUCUACCCAACUGACCAUGAGCCAGAGUACACCAGUAUCUUGGUUCCUAAUGUUGACAAUGUUCGGACAGAGUACCUGGUCAACCUGAUAGCCAAGCAGAACAAGGCCGUCCUUUUGAUUGGUGAGCAGGGCACUGCCAAAACUGUCAUGAUCAACAACUACAUGAGACAGUACAACCCAGAGUACCAUAUUGGUCAGUCGGUCAGUUUCUCUUCAGCCACCACACCUAUGAUGUUCCAGAGAACUGUGGAAAGCUACGUGGACAAGAGAGUUGGUUCCACCUAUGGGCCCCCUGCUGGCAAGAAGGCUACAGUGUUUAUAGAUGACAUCAACAUGCCUGUCAUCAACGAGUGGGGAGACCAGAUAGCCAAUGAAAUUGUCCGACAGUUGAUGGAGAACCACGGCUUCUACAGCCUAGAGAAACCGGGCGACUUCACCACUAUCGUGGACAUGCAGUUCUUGGCAGCCAUGAUUCAACCAGGUGGAGGUCGUAACGACAUCCCACAACGUCUGAAGCGCCAGUUUGCAAUCUUCAACUGCACCCUGCCAUCCAACCCCUCCAUUGAUAAGAUCUUCUCUGUCAUUGGACUGGGUCACUUCUGCAAGGAGAGAGGAUUUAAAGAAGAGGUCAUCGCCAUGGUGAAAAAUUUAGUUCCCAUCACCAGAAGACUGUGGCAACUCACUAAGAUUAAAAUGUUACCAACUCCAGCCAAAUUUCAUUACAUUUUCAACCUGAGAGAUUUAUCCCGUAUCUGGCAAGGGAUGUUGAACACCUUGAGUUCAGUUAUAACAGAUGUGAAGCUUGUGAUGGGUCUGUGGAAACAUGAGUGUUGUCGUGUCAUCGCUGACAGAUUUGUUAAAGUAGAAGACUUGAAUUGGUUUGAUAAGACUCUGAGACGUCUGGUGACAGAGGAGAUUAGCGAGGAGGCAGGGGAGCUCAUCCUGGACAAUUACUUUUUUACCAGCUUCAUGAGAGAUGCUCCAGAAGCUACAGGAGAUGAACCAGAAGAUACAGACUUUGACAUGCCCAAAAUUUAUGAGCCAGUUGAAAGUUUUCAACAUCUGGAGGAUAGACUUUCCUACUUCCUACAACAGUAUAAUGACAGUAUUCGAGGUGCCGGCAUGGACUUGGUCUUCUUCCGUGACGCCAUGACACACUUGGUCAAGGUGUCUCGCAUUAUACGCACGCCCAGAGGUCAUGCUCUGUUGGUGGGAGUUGGAGGUUCUGGCAAGCAGUCUCUGACCAGGCUGGCCUCAUUUAUUGCAGGCUACAAGACUUUCCAGAUCACACUUACCAGGUCCUACAAUGUGUCCAAUCUUUUGGAGGACCUUAAGUCCUUGUAUAGGACAGCUGGACAGCAAGGGAAAGGAAUUACAUUCAUCUUCACUGACCAGGAGAUCAAAGAUGAAGGUUUCUUGGAGUUCUUAAACAACAUGCUCUCAUCUGGUGUGGUGUCUAACUUGUUUGCAAGAGAUGAGAUGGAUGAGAUCCUGGGAGAGUUGGUGCCAGUCAUGAAGAAAGAGUUCCCCAAGCGUCCACCCAGCAAUGAAAACCUGUAUGAGUAUUAUCUGACACGAGUCCGAGCCAACCUGCACGUCUCUCUCUGCUUCUCACCGGUCGGUGAAAAGUUCAGACAGAGGGCACUCAAGUUCCCAGGUCUUAUCUCGGGCUGCACUAUGGACUGGUUCCAGCGCUGGCCCAAGGAUGCCCUAAUUGCAGUGGCUGACCACUUCCUCAGAGACUUUGAGAUCAUCUGUACAGAGGAAGUAAAGAAACAGGUGAUUCACACAAUGGGCAUCAUCCACGAUGGUGUGGCAGAGAACUGUAUUGACUACUUCCAGAGAUAUCGUCGUUCAACUCAUGUGACUCCCAAGUCUUACUUGUCUUUCAUCAAUGGCUACAAGAAUGUUUACACUGGAAAGAAGAGCAUGAUUGGAGAAAUGGCCAACAGAAUGAACACGGGCUUGGAGAAACUUGUAGAAGCCUCCCAUGCUGUGGCUGAGCUGAGCAAAGAGCUGGCAGUGAAAGAGAAAGAGUUGGCAGUAGCUUCAGAGAAAGCCGAGGCUGUGUUGAAACAAGUGACAAUACAGGCUCAAGCGGCUGAGAAAGUGAAGAACCAGGUGCAGAAGGUCAAGGACAGAGCCCAGACGAUCGUGGACAGCAUAGCCACAGACAAAGCCAUUGCCAUGGAGAAAUUAGAGGCUGCCAGGCCUGCUCUGGAGGAGGCUGAGGCUGCCCUAAACACCAUCAAACCUGCCCACAUUGCCACUGUCAGAAGGUUGGGUAAACCUCCUCACCUGAUUAUGAGAAUCAUGGACUGUGUGCUGAUUCUCUUCAGAAGCAAACUGAAUUCUGUCUCUGUUGAUCCUGAGAAGCCAGAAUUUGGGAAACCUUCCUGGAAUCAUUCUCUCAAAUUAAUGGCAGACACCAACUUUUUGAAAAAUCUGGUAGAGUAUGACAAAGACAAGAUCAACGAUGAAAUGUGCGAGUUCAUUGAGCCCUACCUGAAUGCGGAGGAUUACACGCUGGACAUUGCCAAGAAUGUCUGCGGUGAUGUCGCUGGUCUGCUGUCCUGGACAAAGUCUAUGUAUGUCUUCUACUUCAUCAACAAGGAAGUCCUUCCCCUUAAGGCCAAUCUGGCAAUCCAAGAAGGCCGUCUGAAAGUAGCCAUGAAUGAUUUAGAAAAGGCUCAAGCACAGCUAGAUGCCAAAGAAGCUGAGCUGAAGGCUGUGCAGGCAGAGUACGACAAGGCCAUGUCUGAGAAGCAGGCUCUGAUGGAUGAUGCUGAGACCUGCAGACGCAAGAUGUCUGCUGCGUCUGCCCUGAUCAAUGGACUUGGAAGUGAGAAAGAGAGAUGGACAGAACAGAGUAAAGAAUUCAAAGCACAGAUUGGAAGAUUAGUAGGAGACAUUUUGAUCUGUACUGCCUUCCUGUCUUACUCUGGCCCAUUCAAUCAAGACUUCCGAAGUCUGUUGAACAAGAACUGGAUGAAGGAGUUGAAAGGUCGCAAGAUUCCAUACUCCAACAAUCUGAACAUUGUAGAACUUUUGGUGGAUCCAACCCAGAUUGCUGAAUGGAACUUGCAAGGUCUACCAAACGAUGAACUCUCCACACAGAAUGGUAUUAUUGUCACCCAGGCUUCCAGGUAUCCUCUACUCAUUGACCCUCAAGGUCAAGGCAAAAGUUGGAUCAAGAAAAAGGAAGAAAAAAAUGAGCUACAAGUGACCUCUCUGAACCACAAGUAUUUCCGUCAACAUUUGGAAGACUCCAUGUCACUAGGGCGCCCGUUGAUGAUUGAAGACAUUGGAGAAGAGCUCGACCCUGCCUUGGAUAACGUCCUUGAGAAAAACUUCAUUAAGGUUGGCUCUAUGCUGAAGGUCAAGGUUGGAGACAAGGAAUGUGAUGUCAUGAAAGGCUUCACCCUGUACAUCACGACCAAAAUGCCCAACCCAUCCUACACACCUGAGAUCUCAGCACGAACUUCCAUCAUUGAUUUCACAGUCACAAUGAAAGGCCUUGAGGAUCAGCUCUUGGGCCGGGUCAUCCUAACAGAGAAAGCUGAACUGGAGAGUGAACGUCUCAAGCUGAUGGAGGAGGUCACUGCCAACAAGAAAAAAAUGAAAGACCUUGAAGACAGUCUCUUGCUACGUCUCACCACCACUAAGGGCUCUUUGGUUGAUGAUGAAGACUUGAUCAAUGUCCUCCACAUCACCAAAGCCACCUCUCUAGAUGUCACCCAAAAGUUGGACAUUGCUGCAGAAACUGAGAUCAAAAUUAACUCUGCCAGAGAAGAGUUCCGCCCUGUGGCUACAAGGGGCUCCAUCUUGUAUUUCUUGAUCACAGAAAUGAGCCUUGUGAAUGUCAUGUACCAGACGUCAUUGAAACAGUUUUUACAACUGUUUGACCUCUCAAUGGCCAGAUCCACCAAAUCGCCAAUCACAUCCAAGAGAAUCCUCAACAUUAUAGAUUACAUGACUUUUGAAGUCUUUAAGUAUGCUGGGCGGGGCUUAUACGAGAGUGACAAGAUGACCUUCACACUGCUACUGGCCUUGAAAAUUGACCUGCAGGCCAUGAAAAUUAAACAUGAUGAAUUUAUGACACUUGUUAAAGGUGGAGCCUCAGUGGACACCUCAACUGCACCUCCCAAGCCCCCUCAGUGCAAGUGGAUACCUCAGAUCACCUGGUUGAACCUGACUGAACUCAGCAAGUUGCAUCAAUUUUCUGGCAUCAUGGAGCAGGUGGAGAGAAAUGACAAACAAUGGAAGUUGUGGUUUGAGAAGGAAGCCCCAGAGGAAGAAGUCAUCCCAGAUGGAUACAACAACUCUCUGGAUGUUUUCCGUAGACUGUUGUUGAUCAGAUGUUGGUGCUCAGACAGGAUUCUGCCCAUGGCCAAGCGGUAUAUUGCUGACACCAUGGGAGAAAAAUACUCUGAUGGCAUCAUCCUUGAUCUUGAGAAAAUGUGGCAGGAGAGUAACAACCGCUCCCCUCUCAUCUGUUUGCUGUCCAUGGGUUCGGAUCCCACUCCAUUGAUUGAAGGAUUGGCUAAGAAACUUAAGCUUGAAUGUAGAUCAAUAUCCAUGGGUCAAGGUCAAGAAGUCCAUGCCAGGCGUCUGCUACAACAAGGAGUUACUUCUGGGGGUUGGCUUCUUCUUCAGAACUGUCACCUUAGUUUAGAAUAUGUCAAUGAGGUCUUGGAUGUAAUUGUUGAGACAGAGACCAUCCAUGAUGAGUUCAGACUGUGGGUCACCACCGAAGUCCAUCCCAAGUUCUCAAUCAACUUCCUACAGAUCUCCAUUAAAUUCACCAAUGAGCCCCCUCAGGGAGUCAGGGCUGGAUUGAAGAGAACAUUUGCUGGCAUAACUCAAGACUUCCUGGACAUUUCCAACAUGCCGCAGUGGAAGCCAAUGCUAUACGGAGUUGCCUUCCUCCACACUGUCGUCCAGGAGAGGAGGAAGUUUGGCCCACUCGGCUGGAACAUUCCUUACGAAUUCAACACCUCAGAUCUCAAUGCCAGCAUUCAGUUUGUACAGAAUCACUUGGAUGACAUGGACCCCAAGAGAGGUGUCAACUGGACGACAGUUCGUUACAUGUUUGGAGAGAUCCAGUAUGGUGGCAGAGUCACUGAUGACUACGACAAGAGGCUGCUCAACACCUUCUGCCGCAUCUGGUUCGGUGAAAACAUGUUCCAGCCAACCUUCAACUUCUACAAGGGCUACACCAUCCCAAAGUGCACUAAGAUCCUAGAGUUCCAUGAGUAUAUUAACAACCUGCCAUCCACUGACCCACCAGAAGUGUUUGGUCUGCAUGCCAAUGCAGACAUUACCUACCAGAAUGUGACGGCCAAGAACAUACUGGACACUAUACUCAACAUUCAGCCCAAGGAUAGCUCCUCCAGUGGCGGUGAAACCCGUGAGUCGAUGGUCUAUAAGUUCUGUGAUGAUGUUCUCAACAAACUUCCUGUUGACUAUGAUCCCUUUGAGAAAGUUGCUUGUCUGGCCAAACUGGGCAAGCUGGAGCCAUUGGUCAUCUUCUUAAGACAGGAACUAGACCGCAUGCAGAAUGUGAUUACAGCAGUCAGGAACACUGUGAUAGAUCUCAAACUGGCAAUCGAUGGCACCAUCAUCAUGAGUGAGACCUUGAGAGAUGCUUUGGACUGUAUUUAUGAUGGACGUAUACCUGCUGCCUGGAAAAAGAUCUCCUGGGAUUCUAGCACCAUCAGUUUCUGGCUGAAUGAACUGCAAGACAGAAACACGCAGUUCAGAAGUUGGCUUUACAAUGGAUCCCCCAAGUCUUUUUGGAUGACUGGUUUCUUCAAUGCACAGGGUUUCUUGACAGCAAUGAGACAGAAAGUAACUCGUAAUCAUAAAGGCUGGGCAUUGGAUACAGUUGUCCUCCACAAUGAAGUCACCAAGUUUGAGAACAUUGAUGCCAUCCCUACAGAGCCCCCAGAGGGAGUAUAUGUUCAUGGCCUGUUCCUGGAUGGUGCAUCAUGGGAUAGGAGAAACAGCAAGCUCAUCGAAUCCAAGCCUAAGGUUUUGUUUGAGGCCAUGCCAGUCAUUCUCAUUACCGCUGUCAGCAACACCACAGCACCGCCAGACACUAGUAAGAUGUACAAGUGCCCAGUGUACAAGAAGCCACGGCGUACUGACCUGACCUACAUUGCUGAGGUAGUGUUGAGGACAUCGCAGAACACUCACCCAGAUCAUUGGAUCUGCCGCGGUGUGGCACUUUUGUGCGACGUCAAGUAAGACAUACACACCACCAAACCUCAAGUGGAUUGAGGAAGCAUACAUAUCACACCUCAUAUUUUUGUUUCUUGUAUUUUACGAAAUACAAACUUAACUUUAUAUACCAGUCAAAAUUUGUAUUUUUGGCAGCAUAAUAUUAAUUGACAUGAUAUAAAUUUUGCCAAAGAAAGAUGAAUCCAUUGACAAAAAAAACUAUUUAAAAAAUUAACUUCUCACAUGUCAAUAUGAAUUUUUUCUUCUAUUGAAUGUAAACAUUUCUUGACAUUGUAAGAAUAUUUUUAUUUGUUAUGAACUUUUUAUAAAUUUGCAUUUUGAUGUUUUAUAUAUAAAAAAUUUGUUAUCAUGUAUACUUGCAUUCCAUACCCACAGUUAACUGAUACAGUCUAUGGAAGGAUUUUAAAUUGUAUUAUUACUUUUGUUAUGAUCAUACAAAUUCAUAUUUCUAUAGACACUAUAAACUUUCAAGUCUAUUCUCAUCAUCGUCAUGUCUUUGUUUCCUCUAGUCUUGUCUUUUCACAUUUUUAUAUUCAUGGUUUAAGCUUUGGUCAGCCAGCACUAUAAUUCAGUCUGAUCAGGAAACCUUUGUCCAAAGAAAGAUUCACUCAUUCCUAAAUGUCAAUGCUGUGGUAACGACUCCACAGAAAAAAACGUUUUAGUUCCAUGCUUCUAUUUUAUGUUUGAAAUCUCAGCCUUGGUAUCGCAUUGAAGUAUUUCAAAAUACGAUUUACAAAAUCUUUGUAUCAAAUUCUUGCUCCGUAUGUAUUUGGAUUGUUGGUUCAUGUCAUCAUUUUUUUUCCUACUUCAUGUACAGUCAUUUUAUGAAUUAUAAAAUAUUUAUAUCAAAUGUUAAUCAUUCAUACAAAUCCUUACCACUAUUUCCGUCCAAUAUUUUUGAUAUUUCAAAUAUUUUUUUGUUGUAAUUUUACAUUAUACAAAGGAAUAAUUUCCUUACUGAGGGGCUGUAACUGUGAUAAAAUCUCGAUUCCAAACACAACUGAUCUAUUUAUUUCAUGUUCUAUUUAUACAAUGUAUUACAUUCUUUUUAUUAUGUUCUAUGUAUUGAAUUAAGAAAUAAAUGUACAUUCUUUUCAUUUUUA